GUCCUCUUGUGAGUGUUGCUAAGUCUUUGAAAUAUCUUAAGUUACCAGAGGUUCUUAAUAUUUUGUGUAAGUGCGAAGUAGUUUUUAUUUUCCUAUCUAAACCACAUCCCUCUAAAGAAUUUUUCAAUACGGUGUUGCCUCGUUUCAUCUCCAAGUCGAACCCUCAGGAUGUGCUCUGAAAGUAAUGUGCCAAAUUACAGACGCUCUGUACCCCGAAGUUACGAACAUUGAUAGUUUUAUAUCUUAAUUUAAGAAUCCGCUCAAUGUGAAUACGCCGUGCUUAUCACAUACUCAAUCGAAAUCAAAAGUGCAAUCUUAAUGGACUGAUAAUUUUAAGUGCCAUAUCAAUAGAAUUAGAAAGAUAGAAUUACAUUCCUCGCUGAGGUGAGAAUAUAAGUAGUUUUUUCAAUAGUGUGUGUCAUUUGUUUACUUUUAUCUCUAGUAUCGGUAGUUUCGAAUCAAAAUGGAGGACACAAGACCGCAAGAACCAGAUAACCGAGUUUCGGGAAUCAACGAAGUCGAGGGGAACGAUGUAUCACCGUUACCCCCGGCAGCGUCACCGGUGGCGCCGGCCCCGCUGGCCCCCACGUCAACGUCCAACAUCAACGGCCCGAGCCCGGUGAGCAACGACCAAGGACCCAGUUCCCCGGUCCUCCUGGCCACUAUGACCCCGGUCGAGUUCGGGAAAGAUUACGAGGAGCAAACUUUGUCCGUCGCCCACUCCAAUCUGCCGGUCGGGGACGGUUUGGACGAUAAGAAUGUGAUCUACCUGGAAUCGGGCGCCCAGGGGGAAACGGUCAUUUUCGACGCCUCGCAGCCGCUGCCCCAGGGUUUGUCCAUCCAGGAGGCCAACGGACCCAACGGGCCCAUCUCCGUUGUCGUGCAACAGCCCGGGGCGCCUCUCUCUUUGAACCAAGCUGCUUAUCAGGCGGUGCCGUCUUAUCAGGGACACCCACCUGGAGCCACAGUUCUCGUCCUCUCAGAGCUUCCCGACGAUCCAAUGGCCAUUCUAGGACCAAGGUAA